AUGGUAUCACAACAUUAUCAAAACCAAUAUCAAAACUACAACAAUCAAUCAGCUGCUCGUAUUGAACCACAACAAGCACCAAAACGUUUAAACCAACAAAUUAGUCAAGACGGUCCCAAUGUGGUUAAAAGAUUACAACUGGUUAAUCAGAAUCUGGGAAAUUCAACAAUACCGGUUUACAAAGGAAGUUAUAAUAAUGAUACCCAUGUUCCAGAACUACAUCUAUUGAAUCCAACAUCAGCUGCUAAUGAAACCAACAAUAACAAUACACAAGGUACUGAAUUUUAUUUACAUCAAGUAGAAGAUUCUGAGUCGAGUACCUCCUUCAUUAUUGAUUCAGGUGCGAAUAUUUCCACAAGUAGAAACCCUGUUAUUCUACAAAACGUUCAGCCAGAUUAUACCACAGUCACAUUAGCAGAUAAUAGUCAAUAUCAGUUGGAUCAUUCAGGUAUACUAAAUAUUAUGGGUAAUAACAUCAAAUGUUAUUAUAAAGAUAAUGCAAAUAAUCUAUUGUGCUUAAAGGAUCUUCUUGAUGCUAAUUUUACUGCUGUUUUCAAUAAAGAACACUUUUACCUUAUACCAGAUACUGAAAAAGAAACAAUGAAACAAAUACAUCUCAUUAACAAGAUUACUACAACUGAAAUUAAUGCAGAUAAUAUAGAUUUGUCCAAUCUCCAGAAUAGGUUAUUUGAACUUCAUUAUGUGUGGGCUCAUCCAAGUGUUACAAUGAUGAGAAAGAUGGGGUAUCAUAUUGACAAACAAGCUGAAUUACUGAUUCGUUCCUGCCCGGUUUGUGCUGCCAUAAGAGCCGGAAACCCAGUUCCAAAACAUCAUUUAACAGAAAGUUCUCAAUAUUUUAACGAACUUCAUCUAGACACUCUAUUUCACAAGUGGAACAACAAACAGAUAUACAUUGUUACCAUUAUACAUCGUCAUUCAAGAUAUUUAUUCAGUUGUUCAACUUCAAAGAAGGAUAACAUCCACAAUAUUACUCUUGAAUUAUUGAAAAAACUUCCUUUUAGAGUUGAUAAGCUUUAUUCUGAUUCUGGAACUGAAUUUUCUAAACUUGAAAAGCAUUAUAAAAUGGAGAAAACAAGCCCAGGUACACAUGAUGGUUUGAUAGAACGAGUGAAUCAGACUUUGAAAAAGAUGCUUUUAAUUAAUCAAAUCUACAUAUCCAAAGAAUUACAACCAUAUUUCUACAACUACACAAUUGCUCAUUCUACAAAUAUGCUUAACAUCCGUCCCCAUAGUUCAUUGCUCCCUAAUGAUUAUUCAAAAAAUCCCACCCCAAUGAUGCAACUUUUUAAAAAUUCAUAUCAAUUGCAGAACGGCAUACCUUUGUUGGGACAAGAUGUUCUAAUUAUCAAUCAAAAACAUAAUUCCAGAUCUUUGGCAAUUUAUAUGGGUCUUAGUUUAACUACCCAGAAGCAUUUGUUUAUCCAGUCUCCAUCUUGGCAGAUUACAAGUAUUGAAGGCCAUAACAUUAUUAAAAUUUUCAACAGUUUUAAACAACAAGAAAUCUUAAUAUCACACAUACAACAGGGUCUUUUAUCAAAAUUGCAAGAAAAUUUGAAACUUCAAAAUUUACUUCAUGAAACUUAUACUAUACCUCCAACAUAUGAGCAAAAAGAAAUUACAUUAGUUAAAGAUUUAGAUGUGAAAGAAUUGGAUCCAAAUUUAUCUAGACAAUAUGCUUCAAUUAUAUCAACUCCAGAAAACUUAUUGGAACAAGCUGAUGAAAUAAAGAUAGACAUCAAUCAAUUAUUCAAUGCUUUGAGUACCACUAAACCAUUUGUACCUUCAAGCUACAAAGAAGCUGAAACUGAUGAAAUUUGGAUUAAAGCCAUUACUAAUGAAAAAGCUAAAUUCCUGUCAAGAUCAGCUUUCAAACCAAUUUCAUUACCACCGGAUUUCUUUACAAACAAAGCCAAAUAUGCUCAAUUACGUUCUUUCUGGCGUUUUAAUAUUAAACAACCAUCGGGUAAAGAAAAGGCAAGGUUUAUUGUUUGUCAGGAUAAAUCACAGUAUCAAAAUAAGGAAUUUUCAUCUCCUACUAUAAGAGAAUUAACUAUGAAGCUUUUAUUUGCAAUUUAUACCUCCAACUAUUCAUUAGGUGAUAUAUCAAACGCUUAUCUCCAUGCUAGUAUACAAACUGAUAAAAUAUUCGUUAUCAAAACUCCAAGAGCUUUUAGAAAUGACUUUAAUUCAAACUAUUUACAAGUUCAAAAAGCUGCUUAUGGUUUAACUCAAAGUGGUUUACAAUUUUACAAUUUCCUUAAGGACAAAUUUAUCAAUAAACUCCACUUUCAACCAACAGAUGACCCUUGUGUACAUGUUCAAACCAAUGCUUUUAACAAAAACGUUAACACAUCUGCUCAAUAUGUUGACGAUCUAUUUUCAGGUGGUAAUAAAGUGGAAAGAAAUCAGGUAUUUAAAGAUCUCCAAAAUGAAAAAGUUGAACUUAAUUCCGAUGUUUCACCAUAUUAUUUCAUUGGUCAUGAACUAGAUCCAAAUGAAUCAGAUGAAAGUUUGAAAGUUUCAAUGGGAAACUACAUAACUCAAUACAUAGAGAAUUUACCUCAUUCAGAGUUCAUUAUUCAAAAUCCAUUAUUUUCUCCUUUUUCCAAAAAUGCCAAUUUCCUUGCCAAACCCCCAAAUAAACAAGUUAAUUUGGUUGAUACAGAAAUAGCCAAUGCACUUGUAUCUCCAACUUUCCCAAUAAAAAAUUUAGAUGAUAAUAAACUCAUUUACAAAAUCAAUGGUUUUUUCAGUUACUUAGUUUCCAAAAAUAGAUUUGAUAUCAAAUUGCCAUUAUCUAUCACUUCAAGAUAUAAUAUAAACCAAAAUCUCCUUGUUCUUGAAGAACAGUAUGUGAUACUUAGAUAUCUUUAUAAUUCCAGUCAAUCAUAUUUGCUUUACAAGAACCCAUUAUUUAGAAAUCCAACUAUUCCAAUACAAAUAACCACAUACUCAGAUGCCAGUUUUAGUAAAGACAGUGAUAGUUAUGCUGCACAUAUUAUAAUGAUUCAAGAUUCAAUAAUUGAUGUUCAAACAACACGUCUUACACAAUCCACAAUUUCAACUUCAUCAGCUGAAUUACUUGCAUUAUUUACAGCUGUACAAACAACAUUGAUGGUGCAAGAACAACUCCUAUCUAUGAACAUUAAUACGUUGGUUCCUAUCGUGUUCUGUGAUAAUAAGCCAUUGAUUGAUGCAAUUAACCCAAAAUUUAACACUUUCAAAUAUUCUUAUUUUGGAGAAUUCCAACAAAAGUUGUUAUCUAUUAUGAGUAAAGUACAAAAUGGAGAGUUGAUAGUUCAAAAAAUUGAUUCAGCUAAUAAUAAGGCUGAUGUUUUUACUAAGGUUACAAAUACUUCUAAAUACAAUCAAAUGAUGAACAAUUUAUUGGGCAAUUCUUAUCAUUUACAAUUUAAAACUAAAUUACCAGAAAAAUAUAAUCAAUAUUUGAACAAUAACUAA